GGGCCACCGAAGACAGCAGUUCAUUCGGCAAUUUCGACAUCGAGCAUGGAGGCCUGGAACGCGACGUUGCUCGAGCACGGCAUCAACGUGGCGUCGCUCGAGGCGACGUUCCAUGAGCUCAACUCGCUGGCCUUUCUCGCGCCGUACUGGCAGUCGAUGCUGGACAACUACUCGGAGUUUGUGAUCGUCUCGGUGUUUACCUUCAUUUUGCACGAAGCGCUGUACUUUGGUCUUUGGCUGCCGUACUUGGCGCUCGACUACAUUCCGUACUUUGCGAAAUACAAGAUCCAGCCGACCAAGCCCAACAACUGGGUCGACACGUCGCGCUGCCUCAAGGGCCUCCUCUUCAACCACGUCUUUGUGCAGCUGCCGAUGAUCCUCUGCAGCGACUUUGGCCUGCGCCUCCUCGGCUUCUCGGCCGCCAUGCCGCUCCCAAAAGCGACGACGAUUGCGUGGCAGUGCCUCGUGAGCUUUCUCCUCGAAGAUUUCUACUUUUACUGGAUCCACCGGUUCUUGCACUGGAAGAAGAUCUACAAGUAUGUCCACAAGGUCCACCACGAGUACGCGGCGCCGUUUGGCAUUUCGGCCGAGUACGCGCACCCGAUCGAGACCAUGUUCCUAGGCAUUGGCACGUUUCUCGGGCCGCUUUUGCUGACGCGCCACCUCCUCACGCUCUGGGUCUGGCUCGCCGUGCGCUUGUACGAGACGGUUGACGACCACUCGGGCUACGAGCUGCCGUUUGCGCUCUCGGCGUACAUUCCGUUCUGGGGCGGCCCGGUGCACCACGACUUCCACCACGAAAAGUUUGACGGCAACUACUCGUCCGUCUUUACGAUCUGGGACUGGGUCUUUGGCACGGACAAGGCCUUCCGCGCCGCGCAGCGUGAGAAGCGCGAGAAGGGGUCGAGCCAGUGGUCGGACUUUUUCGACAAGGUGUUUGGUCGCGCGCCGACGACCAAGGCCAAGGUCGCAUAAGAUCUCACUAUACGAAGCUCUUGUACAUGAA